UUUCAUUAGUUGCCAGAUCUGAUGAACUUUAUCAGCCUGAUACAAAUUUUAGCAAUUUUUGUUGAGGGAGACAGAGAGAGCGAACAGUAAGCAUCAUCAUGGACGCUCUAAGGAAGCAAGCAAGUAAGCUUAGAGAUCAAGUUGCCAAACAACAGCAGGCUGUGAUAAAGCAAUUCAGUGCGAGUGGGUAUGAGCAUUCAGAUGUGGUGGUUAUUGAUGAGAUGGAGAUGCAAAGACACCAGCAGUUGGAGAAGCUCUACAGAACAACUCGAUCAGGAAAGGAGUUUCAAAGAGAACUGGUUAAAGCAGCAGAAACUUUUACAUCCAUAGGAUAUAAACACAUAGAAGCAGGAACCAAAUUGUCUGAAGAUUGCUCCAAAUACGGAGUGGAAAAUGCUCAUGAUGAAAUUUUGGCCAAAGCUGCAUCUAUCUAUGGUGAUGCACGUAAACACGUUGAAAAAGAGCAAGAAGAUUUCACUAGGCUCUUAUUUUCACAGGUAUUGGAACCAUUAAGAGCAAUGAUAAGUGGUGCUCCUUUAGAAGAUGCACGCCAUCUUGCUCAACGUUACAGCAAAAUGAGACAAGAAGCCGAGACUCAGGCAUCGGAAGUUUCUAGAAGACAAGCACGAGUGAGAGAAGCACCCAUCCCUGAAAAUGUGACCAAACUCCAUGCAGCUGAAACUCGAAUGCAGGAACUGAAAGCAAAUAUGGCUGUUUUAGGAAAAGAAGCAACUGCUGCUUUAGCUGCUGUUGAAUCACAGCAACAAAGACUCACUUUUCAGAGACUUGUUGCAAUGGUGGAAGGAGAAAGAACAUAUCACGAGAGAGUCGCUGCUAUUCUCCAUCAGAUUGAAGCAGAGAUGGUGUCGGACAAACAAAGGAGAGAUUCUGCUCCUCCUACAGUUCCAUCAAGUCUUUUGUCGGAUAAAACCAAGUACUUUUUGGCUGAGGCUAUGCAUGCGUUUGAAGCUUCAUCAGAUAAAGAACUGGACUUGGCAGUUGGUGAUUAUGUUGUAGUUCGAAAGGUGAACCCAUCAGGAUGGUCUGAAGGGGAAUGCAAAGGUAAAAAUGGUUGGUUUCCAUCAGCUUAUGUUGAGAGACGCCAAAGGCUUCCUAACUCUAAUGGCACUAACGAGUUUUAUUAAAUCCACAAAUCAAAUUUUGUUUUGUAUUGUAUUUAGUAUUUACUCUCUCACAUGUUGGAAGCCACGUCAACUUCAAUUUGUAGCCAUUUUGUUUGUUGUUUCAUAGGUUUUGUAUUUUGAUAUUCAACCUUUAAACUAAGUGGGUCUAUAUUCAAUAUUCAAAUGAUUCCUUUCAUUA